UUUCUACCAAAAACUUGAGCCAUGAAAUUCGUUCUUUUGAUUCUUUUUGGCGUUAUUUUGGCAAAAACCAAUUCGUUGCCAACCUCAAGUCGAAUUGUCGGAGGUUCAGUUUUCAAAAUCUCAGACGCUCCCUAUCAAGUAUCUGUACAAUACAAUGACGAGCAUUCUUGUGGAGGAUCAAUUAUCUCAAGUCGUUGGAUUCUUACAGCAGCUCAUUGCACAUUUAGCGCCGAAGCAUCAGAGUUUAAAGUUCGAGUUGGAUCAUCUUUUCAUGCCAAAGAAGGUCGUUUAGUAAACGUUAAAAAUAUUAUAAAUCAUAUACGAUGGAAUCCAUCGACAAUUGAUUAUGACUACGCAUUGCUGGAAUUGGAAGAAGAACUUAGUUUUGAUGAUAAAGUACAUAAAAUCUCGUUGCCAAAAAAGAAUGAAGAAGUUAAAGCUGGAAGUCAGUGCUUUGUAACUGGAUGGGGACUAACAAAUAACGAAAAUGAGUCUCGAGAUCAGUUGAGAGGAAUUACUGUACCAAUUGUUGAUCAUGAAGAUUGUAAAAAGCAGUAUUCGGAUGGCUCGAUUAAAUUGACAGAACGUAUGAUUUGUGCAGGAAUCCAAAAUGAAGGAAAGGAUACAGCUCGCAUGGAUUCUGGAGGUCCAUUAGUGCUCAAUAAAGUAUUAGUAGGAGUUGUUUCAUGGGGAAAUGACAAUCAUUCAGGUGUCUAUUCAAAUGUAGCUUACAUAAGAGAUUGGAUUGAAAAGAAUUCAGGCGUGUAAAAUAUUUUCAGUAUAUGCAAGUAAUUCUAACAAUAAGUAAUUCUAACGAAUUCUAACAAUUUAAGUGCCAAUAAAAAUAAUUCAACUAUUUAAAAAAAAAGUAUAAAAAGCUGUGAAUUUGUUAAAAAAGUAUUUAGUAAAAGUCAGAAUCUUAA